AUGAUGUGGUUGAUGCUGGAUAUCUUUCUUUGUGUUUUGGUUCCUGUUACUUUAGAUGCUGAAUUUAAGAGGCGUGAGGAUCUGUUUUUAAAAAAUCUCGGAUUAUCCUCCAAGCCUGAUCCUGUUUCUCCACCCUCUGUGCCUCCUAUACUGUGGAAGAUCUUCAAAGAGAGGAUGGGGAAUCCAAGUCAGAAAAAGAAGCAUAAUCUCUGUUAUGUGGAUGAGUUUAAAAUUCCUGGAAAUAUUAUCAGAGUGCUCCCUGACCAUGGCAAAUUCAUCUUGCCCCAGACCUCUACAAAGCAACCAACCCUCUGCCUGGAGAAAAGACUUUUCUUCAACAUGUCUGUAAUGGGAAAUGCAGAGAAGGUGACGAUGGGAAGGCUAGAGGUCCGGUUUAGCCACAAUACUUAUCAUGGUAAUGUGUUUGACCUACGUCUAUAUCGUAUCCUACAGAUGUCCCUGAAAGGCAUGGGCAGCCAUAAGCUAAACAGAAAACUGUUAAUGGCUCAAUCAUUUCGUCUUCUUCACAAAUCCCUUUAUUUUAACCUGACUGAGAUUUGCCAGAUUUGGAUGGACCCUUUACACAACGUGGGUCUUGUUUUAGAGAUUUAUACACGCAAUGACGCCUCCAGGACAACCAAUGCUUUGGAGAGCUGCAGGGACAUUCAGACCUUCCUCUAUACCUCCCUUCUUGUUGUCUCGCUUGACUCACAGCAAUGCAGAAGUCCAAGAAAAAAGAGAAGUUACGUGAAACUUCCAUUUACAGCCAGUAACAUCUGUCGAAAGAGACGUCUCUAUGUUGAAUUCAGAGAUGUAGGUUGGCAAAAAUGGGUUAUUGCUCCCCGGGGUUACUUGGCAAACUAUUGCUUUGGGGAGUGCCCUUUCCCUCUUACAGAGCUACUUAAUGGUACCAAUCAUGCAAUCCUACAGACCCUCAUACAUUCCAUAGACUCAGAGGACAUUCCAUUGCCAUGCUGUGUCCCUAUCAAGAUGUCUCCUAUCUCCAUGUUGUUUUAUGAUAAUUGUGAUAAUGUGGUGCUUAGACACUAUGAAAACAUGGCAGUGGAUGAGUGUGGCUGCAGGUGA